GAGUCAAUCAAAUUUUUAACACUUCAGUAUACUGAUGAACGUUGUGGCUGUAAGAAGUGUGUGAUACGAUUAUAUUAGAAACACCGAUCAAACAAAAAAAAACAUAAAUUUUGUUCUGUGAGAAAAUUAUUAAGUUCUUGUUUACGAUUUCUGAUUGAUAACAAAAUUAUAAACGAGACCAUUGCGUCUGUUUUGUCAAUAACAAGAACAAAAAAAAAGAACGGAAACAUUUUGAAAACAUAUUUUGUUCGAUCGAGCAAUGACGACAAAUAAAGUGUUAGUGCUGGGUGGUGGAGGUCGUGAACAUGCUAUUGUUUGGAAGUUAUCGCAAAGUGGCCAUGUGGCUGAUAUUUAUGUGCAUCCGGGCAGCCAUGCAAUCGGAAAAGUUGGUAAAGUGAAAAUUGCGGAUGACAUCGAUUUGAAAGACUUUGAUUCAAUUGGUCGGUGGUGCAAAGACAACCAAAUCAAGUUAGUGAUCGUUGGACCUGAAGAUCCACUAGCGGCCGGAAUAGCCGAUGUUUUGAAGGAGCACGAGGUUCUAUGUUUCGGUCCAAGAAAAGCUGCAGCAAGAAUCGAAUGGGAUAAGAGCUGGUCAAAGGAUUUUAUGAGGGCUUGGGCUAUACCAACAGCGAAAUAUAAAUCAUUUACGGACGUCAAUGCUGCUAAAGAGUUCAUAAAGACCGCGCCCUAUGAAGCUCUCGUGGUCAAGGCAAGUGGAUUGGCAGCUGGAAAAGGAGUUGUGGUUGCUGCGAACAAAGAAGAAGCAUGUCAAGCUGUCGACGACAUUCUUGGUAACAACAAGUUUGGUGGUGCUGGUAAUACCAUCGUAAUCGAGGAAAAACUUUCUGGCGAAGAAGUUUCGCUUCUCGCCUUCGUCGAUGGCGAAACUGUUAAAGUCAUGCUACCCGCUCAAGAUCACAAGAGAUUGGCCAAUGGUGAUAUGGGGCCAAAUACUGGUGGCAUGGGUGCAUAUUGCCCAUGUCCAUUAAUCGAUUCGACGGGUCUCCAAUUUGCAAUUAAAGAAAUUCUUGAGAAAGCUGUCGCUGGAUUUCGAUCAUCUAACAUUCACUACUGUGGCGUUUUAUAUGCCGGAAUUAUGCUGACACCGAAUGGACCGAAAACGUUAGAAUUUAAUUGUCGUUUCGGUGAUCCGGAGACUCAAGUGUUACUGCCCUUAAUGGAGAGUGACUUGUUUGAAGUGAUGCUAGCGUGCUGUGAACAGCGAUUGUCCCAAGUCAACAUCGAGUGGAAAAAAAAUGUAUCGGCAGUUGGUGUCGUUAUGGCUAGCAAAGGCUAUCCAGAAACAUCAACGAAAGGAAGUGAAAUUCACAAUUUGGUGGACGUAAAUUCGCCGGACCAUUUAAUCUUUCACAGUGGAACGGCCUACAAUAAUGGCAUCUAUUCUACAAACGGCGGUCGAGUUCUUAUCAAUGUUGCAUUAUCGUCUGACCUUCGGUCGGCUGCUGCCACUGCGACCAAAUAUUGUGAAAAAAUGAAUUUUUCUGGUGCUCAAUUUCGAUCGGAUAUCGCUCAUAAGGCAUUUCAGUACAUUCAACUUUCCUACAAGGACAGUGGAGUUGACAUCGUGGCUGGUGACAAUUUGGUUCAGAUGAUCAAACCAAUGGCUAAGAAAACGAAACGUCGAGGAGUCAUCGGUGGACUGGGUGGAUUCGGAGGGCUAUUCAAGAUAAACGAAUUGACGUAUCUUAAUCAAUCUGGUGAAGAAGUGCCUUACGUCGAUCCUGUAUUGGUCGAGAGUACCAGUGGAAUCGGUGCCAUACUGAAAUUGGCUAUAAAGUAUGAAAAAUAUGAAACUAUCGGCAACGACCUGGUCGCUCAAUGUGUGAAUGAAGUUGUGAGUUAUGGAGCGCAGCCAAUUGCUUUCUUAGAUUAUUUUGCUUGUGGAAAGUUGAUCGUUCCAAUGGUGGCUAAAAUUAUAAAUGGCAUUGCUAAUGGUUGUGUUAAGGCGAAUUGUGCUUUAUUGGGUGGAGAAACUGCUGAAAUGCCGGCCUUAUUCGAAGUAGGUAGCUAUGAUUUGGCUGGAUACUGUGUCGGAGUGGUCGAUUAUACAAUGGAAUUACCGUCGAAUCAUAUUCAAGAUGGGGACAUUUUAUUGGGACUUCCGUCAAAUGGUUUCCACUGCAGUGGUUACGAUCUAAUCCAUGAAGUGAUGUCGCGAUUAAAUGAGCUAUACGACAAUGUUGCUCCGUUCAGCAAAUCUAAAUUGACUUACGUUGAUGAAUUCAUGCAACCAUCGGAAAUUUAUGUCUCCACCUUGCUUCCUUGGAUUUAUAAGCGAUAUCUGAAAGGGAUUGCGAACAUUUCCACUGGCGGACUGAUACGAGGUGUUGGUAAAAUUCUAAGUGGCGACCUGGCAGCAGUUAUCGAUGCAUCGAAAUGGAAAAUGCCAUCCGUGUAUGGGUGGCUUGCGGGUAAAGGAAAAAUGUCAGCAAAAACCAUUCUAAAUAAUUUCAACUUGGGUAUUGGAAUGGUGCUGGUCGUUUCCCAAUCGGUUUGGGAAAAUAAUAAAUUCGAUGGAGCCGUUGAAAUAGGACGUGUGACUCGAUAUGAUAGUAGAAAACCGGUAGUCUCGAUACAGAAUUUCGUGUCCACCCUAGCGUCAUUGUCAAAACAAUUGGGAUUUGGAACCGAGAUCGGAACAUUGGACGAAUGCAUCGACGAAGACGAUCCAAAAAAGCUUUUCAUCAAAUCUGUUAAUAGCCUAGCCGUCAGCACAUUUAAUCCGAACGUAAUCGUUUCCAAGGGUUCAUUUGGAAAGCGAAUGUUCCGACUGAAGGCAACGCAGGACCAUGCCAAUUAUGUUGAUCCGAUACUGAUCAUCGGAACCGACGGGAUCGGAAGUAAAAUCGAAAUCGGUAAAAUGAUUAACAAACUCGAUACAAUGGGAAUAGACCUGGUGGCUAUGUGUGUGAACGACAUUUUGUGCAAUGGAGCCGAACCGUUAACGUUCCUCGAUUACUACGCCUGUAACAAAGUCGAUCAAAAAACUUCCAACGAUAUUCUGACUGGUGUCAUUGACGGUGUUAAGCUUGGCGAAAGCUCUCUGAUCGGCGGACACACAAUCGAAGUUCCUCAUUUGUAUGAAGCGUCGGAAUUCGAUAUGGCUGGCUUCGCUCUGGGUAUUGUCGAUAGUUCUGCGAUUCUGCCGAGAACACCGGAACUGAAAGUCGGUGAUGUUGUCAUUGGAUUGCCAUCGGACGGAGUGCACAGUAACGGUUUUAGUUUGGUGCAUAAAGUCAUGCAGGUGACAGGACAUUCAUUUGCGGAUCCAGCUAGUUUUAGUGCAUGCGGAAAGACAUAUGGCGAAGAAUUUCUCGUUCCAACGAAGAUCUACACAAAAGCAAUGAAAUUACUGUUGAAAGAGCGUAAAAUCAAGGCGGUAGCUCACAUUACUGGUGGCGGACUGCUUGAGAAUAUCCCUCGUGUCCUUCCGUCUAAUCUAACUGUGGAAUUAGAUUUUACCCGUGUCAACAUUCCACCAAUAUUCGCGUGGUUAGCAUCGAAGGGUAACAUAUCCCACGAAGAAAUGCAACGGACGUAUAAUUGUGGCAUCGGUCUGGUCUUGGUCGUUUCUCCAGCAGAUGCCGAUUUCGUUGUAGAAUCUUUACUCGAACAUCGUGGCGAUGUUAUUGGCACAAUAAUUAAACGAUCGAAUGAUGAGCCACAAGUUCGUAUCAAUGCAGCAGUGUUUGCACAGAAUAUAGUACGCGUCCAGCGGUUAUUGUCCGAACCGGUCAAGCGAGUAUCUGUACUCAUAUCUGGCAAUGGCAGCAAUUUGCAAGCCUUAAUCGAUGCUACUCGAAAUUCGACAAUGGGCAUAAGAGCUGAAAUCGUUUUUGUUCUGUCGAACAAAGAAAAUGUGAUGGGAUUGGAAAGAGCACGUCUGGCCGGCAUUGAGAAUACGUGCUUAUCACACCGACAGUUCAAAACGCGAGAGGAAUUCGAUGCAGCUGUGACCGCAUUAUUGGAAUCGCAUCAAGUAGAUGUUGUGUGCUUGGCAGGAUUUAUGCGCAUAUUGUCCAGUGAAUUUGUCAGGAAAUGGAAGGGACGUUUGAUAAACAUUCAUCCGUCGUUGUUACCGAAAUAUCCAGGUUUGCAUGUACAGCGACAAGCCUUAGAAGCGGGCGAACAACGUUCAGGUUGCACCGUUCAUUUUGUUGAUGAGGGUGUCGAUACAGGCGCUGUUAUUUUCCAACGAAGUGUAGCUAUUACAGAUGGCGAAACGGUAGAGUCGUUGUCGGAGAAAAUUCAUCGUGCUGAACAUUUUGCGUAUCCAUAUGCGUUGCGAAUGUUGGUCAACGGAGAAGUAACUUUUUAGUUUAAAUUUUGUGCGCUUUGAGCGUCACUGAACAUUAUUUCUUACAAACGUUCCCCACUUUAAAGUGUUUGUUAGUUCGAAGGAUGAAAUAUUUUUUGUAUAAAUAAAAUGGUUUUCUAUUUUGA